UGGGCCACGCUUUCAUUUCAUUCUUUUAGCGACGCCAUUGUAAUGUGCAUUUUUAGAGGGAAAUUAGAUGUAUGGAUUUAGGUGGCGAAGCUCUCGGUUCAUACAAGGCUCGCCAAGGAGGCUGUACACACAUACAGUUUUUCAACCACGCUGAAUACCUCAAUUGUACUGGGUGCGGCAUGGAGUUUUCCAAAGUAAUGCUUCGCCAAAACGCCUACAUCGAGAUCAAAGGCCUCCCUUCCUAAUUCCCCUGACGCUCGGUCACCGUUCUCUCAUCUGCUAUGUUCGCUAUCCUCGUUGCUUUGGAACAGAUACGUAUAUGAACAGCUAUACCUGGAAUAGGCUUC